AUGAGUUCUAGAGCGGAGCUGAUGUCACAGCAGUCUGCCGUGUUCGACCUUAGCGCGCGAUACUCGUGGCAGGCAAACACGCUCAACGGGUAUCGGUCAAGUCGCCUGGCGUCACUCUCUAGCGCACAUAUAUCUCACGACCACGACCCACGAGGCCACCCCAAAAUCGACUACGAUUCGGACGAGAUGACGGACGAAGAACAAGAGCAGUCGCUGAUCAGACCGCUAAUCGACGCGCACGCGCGUGCGUCAAGCUCCAACAGCAAGCUGAGCGAGCUUCAGGAAAAGGAGGCGGAGCUGAAGUUCAAGGUUGUCGACGAUUCGUUGGAGCAGCAGCAGCGGCAGCAGCAGCAGAUUCCGCUGCUGUCGUCGCCCCGCUACAUGCACCGCCGCAUCGUGUCGCGCACGGUGACGGUGCUUGACGGCGACGAUGCUAGUAUCCCCGGCCAGACUAGCAGGAACCGUGCGAACCAGGCCUCGGAGCCAGAUUAUUACACCGAGAUGGAUCGUUUUAACGAGGCUCAGGCAAGAAACCAUCGCACGCGCGCCAGGCUCCGUCAACAGCAAAUCGAGAAGCAAUCCGCCCCCUUGCGCUCCGCCCAGAUCAUUGAAAAGUUCAGUAAGUGGUCCAUUUACUCGGACAAAAACGCCCAACGCUCGCACUCGCGCCCACAACGCAUGCCACGCAGAACGCCCACCUCUUCGUCGCUUCGGCGCAAGGACUUUUCCAACAGGCGCGAGAUCAAGGAGUUUGCACGCUCAGGCAACUUUAUUUUCCACCGUGGGUUCUCUUUGCGCAGGUCGCAACGUUUGAAACAUAAUUUUAAAUUCAGGAACCACACCGAGCUCUCUUCUUUCAUGGACUACGUUAAUAUAGGCUCUGCACCAAUCUCGGAUGUCCUGCCGAGUCGCUUAGCAGUUGCUCACAAAAUCAAACCACCUCAGUUUUUACAACUCAUGCGUUUGGAACCAAAAUUUGUUCAGAAUUUGAUAGAUAUUGGGCCGUUACAUCCUCAGCGUACGCGCAGCUCAUUGUCACGAAGGCCCCACCAUAGUAACAGUAUCCGCAGACAAGUGCCUCUGCCGCGGCGCGUAUCCACUGUGAGAAGAUCAAAAUCACUUUCGAGCAUUCCGCCCCCUUCAUUGGCGCAAUCUCAAAAUGCAUACCUCUAUGCACUGUGGCAACGCUAUCUGAUGGCAGUACUAAUCCAACGUGUACAAUUCAGAAUGUUCCUAAUGGCAAGCUCUUCGUCGGAAGUCAGCACGGAUUCUCGUACUAGUUUAUCGAAUCCAGAAACUGGCUCGAGUCUCAGUUUUGGAAAGGCGCGAGCACAAGAAGAAUCUACUCAAGAUCUUCCAGCAUCGAAGAAAUUCAUGACGAGUAAAAGUGUUUCUCAUUCAGAUGCGCACGAGGACGGUUUUCUCCUAACUAAAAGUAUCAAAGAAUACCCAUCAGGAGAUCUUUUCCCAGUUAUCAAUGAGGAAGAAAUGGCAUUACUUGCAGAUAUCAGCGGGGAGUCCGCGUCUUUGUCAAGCGGAAUUAACCGUGAUAACGAUUUAGGGAAACAAAGAAAAGUUUAUUAA